AUGCUGUCUGAAGGCAGUAUUGAGAGUUACGCGCUGGGCGACCCAAUGGACAGCGAUCUGGGCUAUGCGAUAAUUCCGGCGGAGGCACCGCCGAAAGAGCUUUACGCUGAAGUCGAGAACUCGAUCCCGGAAUUUCAGAGUCUGCGACGGGCCAGUUCGGAUCAAAGUGGCCGAAGGCCCUUAAAAGAGUUUCAAGGAGGUCAUCUGCUACAUUACGUAGGAUUGAUUAUUGGUUCCGAUACGAAGUAUAUUCAUGGAUACACGAUGCAUACUCGAAGAGAGUGA